UACACGACAUACUUAUAGCUUUCUGAUGAUAUCCGCAGCGUGAUCUUACCGAAGACUCAUAAGUAAAGAUGGCGGAAAUGAAGGCGGAAUGCGCCAAGUAUUAGUGACUGUGAGACUUGAGUUGAUUUUCUGGGAACUUUGAAUAAUGGGCUUACCAAAUCUAACCGCAGAGGAGGAAUACCUUCUUAGAAAGUUCGCUUUGUUGAAGAAAAGGAAAAAGGCACUGCAAAAGUCUAAAGAAAAAGUCGAAAAUCCCAGCAGUAUCAAGCCGGGUACGAAGCGUGAUGCUCCAGCAGAAAUUAGCCAUGAUCCACAGGAUGCAAAAGAGAUUGCCAAGAAGCUGAUUGCCUCAGGGGAAGUGAAGAUUAAAAAAGAUCCUGUCCAUAGGGAGUUCAAAAGGGCUAAAGUAGGAGAAAGAAGACAGAAGGAUUUCUUACAGCAACCAGCAUCCAACAGGAAUGAGCAGCAGGCACGUGCUGAAGCAAUAAGAAAUUUAUAUCACGAAAGCUUUAUACCUUCUUCUACCUCACAGAACAAGCGCUUCUCAGGAGGACAAGGGUCAGGUCGAAGAAGUUGGUCAGAUGAUCAAUCAAGAAAGGGAAACACAAUCUAUGUCAAUGGAUAUGGAUUAACAGAAAAAAUCCUCCAGGAAGAGUUCACUAAAUUUGGUAAGGUUCAACAUGUUAACUUUGAAAGAGAAAAAAGCCAAGGUUUUGUUACACUAGACUCCUGUGAAGCAGCUGAGAAAGCAGUUGAUGAGAUGAAUGGUAUGAUGGUGUCUGGUGUGCAUAUCAAAGUAGCUUUUUCCAGGAGGCAACCCAUCAUGGGAGACACACAAGGAUAUCGAAGACCUGGUCUGGGAAGCAGAGAUUCAAGAGGGCACAGUUCAGGUUUACAGUCGCGGGAAGCCAGAGAAAUUGUUUCAUACGACGACCUUUAGUGUUAAAUUACAUCAAUAGUGAUAUUCGAUAAAGAAUAGCUGCUGUACCUAUUCCGAGUGGCAGUUCAAAAAUUUUCAACCAUGAUAAGUAUAUGAAACCGUUAAAAGGGUUGAUGCAAAAAUUUCGACUUAGUCUUUUGGGUCUAUUAUCCACUUUGGCUUAUUUUCUAGCGAACAGAAUUUUACCUUUGAAAUAUUAGUUCACUGAAAAGCAUUAACCCUUAGAUUUGAUGUAAACAGCGUGAGCCUUUUUUCAUAUCAUCGUCUUGAACGCCCCGGUGGUCCCAAACAGUACCUAAGCGGUUAAGCCUUUUUCACUAUUGAGCUCUCUGUAGGGCAUCGGAGCGCGAGGUCUGACCUUUCAACUGCUCUAGGGUACACAGUCUUUUUUCGCGUCCCAAGCUCGUAACAGAGCAAAUACAAUUCUCUUAAGAGGUUCAAAAGUUUGCGCACCUGAUAGAGAAUUAGAAUGUAACAUGUAUUAUAGGUUAUCAAGAUGUCUGUAAGGAACCUUUAAAUUAUAUAUUUAAUAAAAGCUUUA